CGGCCGCAGUCGCGCUCAGACUCCGUCGCGUCGCCACGCCGCCCGCCGCCGUCGCUUGCUUGCUUACUCGCAAAUCGAUAUUACCGUAUUUACUGUACCGUCGCACAUGCACGCUUUUAAUUACACAUAAUAUUACGAAUGUCAAAAAGUUUCAUACCGUGCUUUUACAUUAGUCUUCCAGAGCAGCGUGGCGGCGGGAAUGUUUUAUGGUGAAACGAAUGAUGUUGUAAAUAUAACGCGAAGGCGACUAAAUGGCGUGUGCGCAUGGUCUUCUUGUCGUUAAUAGAUCUUGUGAUAUAUGCUCACGAUUUGAGUGUAUAAACGCGCGGAUAAACGAAGGCCGCGACUUGCGUGGACGUAGCGUCGCACCGGGGAAGUUGGCACGGUGCGCGCGCGCGGCGCGUCGCGCGGCGUGACGUGGCGCGCGGGCCCUGACUCGCGUCUAGCGUCUGUCAGUACAACCUUGCUCGCGCUGAGGACAUGUCCGUGUUAUGGAUUACCAAUGCAUCGUCGUAUACACCGUCAUCAACAUCGCGCCGCCGCGGCUCACCGCGCAGGCAACACAACUCUCGGACGGCUGUAUCACCUGGUUCAAAAAUAAGAUCAAGAGAGCGAUAGCAGUAUAUCUUCAAUCACUGAAGUUGACACCGAACAGCGGAGUUAUACACGGAAAUUUGGCAUGCUUGUACUAUAAACAGGGAUUUAUAGACCUAGCUAUAGAGACGUACCGGCGUGCCAUACAACUUCAGCCCAAUUUUCCUGAUGCCUACUGCAAUCUUGCUAAUGCUCUCAAAGAAAAGGGCCUUGUCUACGAGGCGGAGGAAUGCUACAACAAUGCCCUCCGACUUUGCCCAUCUCAUGUUGACACUCUUAACAAUCUCGGUAACGUAAAACGAGAGCAAGGAAAAAUAGAUGAAGCCACCAGACUUUAUAUGAAGGCUUUGGAAGUAUUCCCUAAUUUUGCUGCUACUCAUAGUAACUUGGCGUCACUAUUACAACAUCAAGGCAAACUACAUGAAGCGUUGAUGCAUUACAGGCAGGCUAUAAAUAUUCAACCAAAGUUUGCUGACGCUUACAGCAAUAUGGGCAACACUCUAAGAGAAUUGCAGGAUAUAACAGGCGCCCUUGUCUGUUUCAAGAAGGCAAUAGAGAUAAACCCCACAUUUGCCGAUGCGCACUGCAAUUUAGCAAGUAUUUACAAAGAUAUGGGGCGAAUUGAUGAAGCUAUCGAUUCUUAUAAAAACGCUUUAAAAUUUAAACCAGAUUUUCCAGAUGCGUAUUGUAAUUUAGCACAUUGUUUACAAAUUAUUUGUAAUUGGGAUGAUUACGACGAGCGAAUGAAUAACAUUACAGCCAUUGUUGAAGAGCAAUUGAACAUGGAAAAGCUGACCUCCGUACAUCCACAUCAUUCCAUUUUAUAUCCAUUAACGAAUGCAGCAAGAAAAGAGAUAGCCACGCGACAUGCUAACUUAUACAUAGAGAAAGUAAAUAUUUUAGGUAACGUAAACUUUUUGCAUAAAAAGGAAUUAAAAGGACGAUUACGUAUCGGAUACGUUAGCAGUGAUUUUGGUAACCAUCCAACUUCGCACUUAAUGCAGUCAAUACCAGGUCUUCAUGAUCAAUCAAAAGUAGAAAUUUUUUGCUAUGCGCUGAACUUCGAUGAUGGAACCACAUUCCGUAGUAAAAUAGUUAACGACUCAGAACACUUUGUUGAUUUGUCUCCUAUAUCCAGUUACAUAGACGCGGCGAAAAUAAUACACAGAGAUGGUAUUCAUAUCCUCGUAAACAUGAAUGGCUAUACUAAAGGAGCACGGAAUGAGAUUUUUGCUUUAAAACCCGCACCCAUUCAAGUAAUGUGGUUAGGAUAUCCGGGAACGAGCGGCGCACGAUACAUGGACUACGUUAUAACCGACGAAAUAUCCUCACCCGUGUCCACUGAAAUGGAUUUUACUGAAAAGUUUGCCUUUAUGCCAUAUACAUAUUUUGUCGGGGAUCAUAAACAAAUGUUUCCACAUUUAAAAACAUAUUACAACGCCGUAACUGAUGACAAAAAUAGCUCUGUUUCAAAUACAGCUAUAAUUAAUUGUUCAAAUAAUAUACACAUCAAUGAAAUAUUUGAUACGACUACAAGAGUCGAAGAGAUCAAAUACAAGGAUUAUACGCCUAUAGAAAUUCUCGAAAACGAUAUAAACAUUCCAAGUUGUGUUAUUGAAAGCAUUACGGAGCCGAAGCUUACACAGGUCGUGGUAAAUGGAAGGAGAAUACAUAAUGGUUUAGCAAUAAACAGUUGCAAUAAAAAAGUAGGAGCUGCUGAAGAAACCUUUGAAAAUAUAAUACUUACAUCGAGAAAACAAUACGGUUUGCCAGAGGACGCAGUUGUUUUCUGUAAUUUCAAUCAGUUGUACAAAAUGGACCCCCGAGCCUUGGAAAUGUGGGUGAACAUACUGAAAAAGGUACCGAAUAGCGUUCUCUGGCUAUUAAGUUUCCCCGCUGCUGGCGAACCGAAUGUACAUAAAUAUGCCCAGAGUUUAGGGUUGCCGCCGGGUCGGAUCAUAUUUUCUAGUAUCGCCUGCAAGGAGGAACACGUGAGGCGCGGACAGUUAGCAGAUGUUUGUUUAGACACGCCUUUGUGCAAUGGGCACACGACUGCUAUGGACGUUUUAUGGGCAGGAACGCCAGUUGUUACACUCCCUGGAGAAACUUUAGCGUCUCGCGUUGCGGCGUCGCAACUGAAUGCCUUGGGUUGUCCGGAAUUGAUAGCCAUUAGUAAAAGACAAUACGAAGACAUUGCUGUUAAAUUGGGAACAAGUAGAACUUACCGAAGAUACAUUCGAGCUAAGGUUUCAAAAGCACGUUUAGAAAGCACCCUAUUCGACUGCGAGCACUACGCUAGAGGACUCGAGGCACUUUAUCAGAAGAUGUGGACACGUUUUGAGAGGGGAGAAAAGCCGGACCAUUUGUAUGCUGUUGGAUGAUUUCAAAUUUAAUUCCAAAACAGGUUUUAUCAAUUUUUAAAUUGCACAAAAUGGAAAUAUACUAGCGGUCCGUCCAAAUGCUGUCCAUAGGGAAUUCACAGGUUUUAAUAUAAUAUUAUUGUAACAUUAUUGAAUUUUACUUCAUCAUAAUUAAAUAUUUAUUGUAAGUAUAUGUAAGUACUUACCUAAUUAUUAUGUGUACCAUUGUGCUAUCAACUAUUAUUAAACUAUUAUACAUCUACAUUA